GCGGGUGCCCGACAAAAAUCUUGCUAGCGCGAACGUGCUCCCGGUGACAAACCAGUGUGUCUUUCAUUAUAAACAACAGGAUAGUGCCCACUUACCGAGGUAAAAUCCAGGAAAUCUUCCACGGCUCUCACAGAGGAUUACAUUAGACAUCUGUUAACGGACUGAACAUUUGGAUAGAAGAGGAAAUUGGUUAAAAAUGUCCGAAAGCGCAAACUGCGAGGAACAGCGGGAAGAGCAGACUGAAGUUGAAGAAGCCGGAGGAACGGAGGAGAAGUCUGACUGUUCAGAUGCUGGAAAAGAGUCCUCCUCAGAGGCAGGACCUGAUGGACAGGAUGGGUCCUCUUCCUCCUCCCCCUCCUCAUCCAAAACGAAAGAAUCUGCGCCAGGAUAUGAAGAGAAAGUGCAAACAGAUCGGACCAACAGAUUUGAGUACCUGUUGAAGCAAACGGAGCUGUUUGCACAUUUCAUCCAACCAGCAGCACAGAAGACUCCAACUUCGCCUCUGAAGAUGAAACCAGGACGUCCCCGCAUCAAGAAAGAUGAGAAACAGAAUCUGCUCUCUGCUGGAGACACCCGACAUCGCCGCACAGAACAAGAGGAAGAUGAAGAGCUUCUGAAUGAGAGCACUAAGACGACCAAUGUCUGCACUCGCUUUGACGAAUCUCCGUCUUACAUUAAAACGGGAAAAAUGAGGGAUUAUCAGGUCCGUGGUCUGAACUGGCUCAUCUCUUUGUAUGAGAAUGGAAUCAACGGUAUCCUGGCUGAUGAAAUGGGUUUGGGGAAGACUCUCCAGACCAUCUCCUUGCUGGGUUACAUGAAGCACUACAGAAACAUCCCUGGUCCACACAUGGUUCUUGUCCCCAAAUCCACCCUCUAUAACUGGAUGAAUGAAUUCAAGCGAUGGGUGCCUUCCCUUCGAGCUGUCUGCCUGAUAGGAGGCAGGGAUGAGAGGACUGCCCUGAUCAGGGAUGUUCUGCUGCCAGGAGAAUGGGAUGUAUGCGUCACAUCUUAUGAAAUGCUCAUCAUCGAAAAGGCAGUCUUCAAGAAGUUCAACUGGAGAUAUCUGGUCAUUGAUGAAGCUCACAGGAUCAAGAAUGAGAAAUCAAAGUUGUCAGAAAUUGUGCGAGAAUUCAAGACCACCAAUCGUUUGCUGCUGACUGGAACUCCCCUGCAAAAUAAUCUCCAUGAGCUGUGGGCUCUGCUCAACUUCCUGCUGCCUGACGUCUUCAACUCAUCAGAAGAUUUUGAUUCGUGGUUUGACACAAACAACUGUUUGGGUGAUCAGAAGUUGGUUGAACGUCUUCACACUGUGUUGCGUCCUUUCUUGCUACGUCGUAUUAAAGCUGACGUAGAAAAGACCCUGCUUCCAAAAAAAGAGAUCAAAAUGUACGUAGGCCUGAGUAAGAUGCAACGAGAGUGGUACACAAAGAUUCUGAUGAAGGACAUCGACAUCCUGAAUUCAGCUGGUAAGAUGGACAAGAUGCGUCUGCUGAACGUCCUCAUGCAGCUGAGGAAAUGCUGCAACCAUCCGUACCUUUUCGAUGGGGCGGAGCCCGGGCCACCAUACACUACUGACCUCCACCUGGUGGUGAACAGCGGCAAGAUGGUGGUGCUGGAUAAGCUGCUGCCCAAGAUGAAGGAGCAAGGCUCUCGUGUGCUCAUCUUCAGUCAGAUGACUAGGGUGCUGGACAUCUUGGAGGACUACUGCAUGUGGAGGAACUAUGGAUACUGUCGACUGGAUGGUCAGACGCCACACGAGGAGAGACAGAUCUCUAUCAAUGCAUACAAUGAGCCCAACAGCUCUAAGUUUAUCUUCAUGUUGAGCACCCGAGCUGGUGGACUGGGUAUCAACCUGGCUACAGCCGACGUGGUCAUUCUGUAUGAUUCAGACUGGAACCCUCAAGUCGAUCUUCAGGCUAUGGACCGAGCUCACAGGAUUGGUCAGCAGAAACAGGUACGCGUGUUCCGUUUCAUCACCGAAAACACAGUAGAGGAGAGGAUUGUGGAGAGGGCUGAGAUGAAGCUGCGUCUGGACUCCAUCGUCAUCCAGCAAGGUCGACUUGUAGACCCAAGUGCAAACAAACUGGGAAAAGAUGAGAUGCUGUCCAUCAUCCGGCAUGGCGCCACACAUGUGUUUGCAUCCAAAGAGAGCGAGAUCACAGACGAUGACAUCGACGCUAUUCUGGAGAGAGGUGAAAGGAAGACUAUGGAGAUGAAGGAGAAGCUGUCUUCCCUGGGUGAAAGCUCUCUGAGAAACUUCACCAUGGACACAGAGAACAGCAGCGUGUACACAUUCGAAGGAGAGGACUACAGAGAAAAGAAAAAGGUCAUUACCAACUGGAUUGAGCCGCCCAAGAGAGAAAGGAAAGCUAAUUAUGCCGUGGACGCCUACUUCAGAGAAGCUCUGAGAGUCAGUGAGCCUAAAGCGCCCAAGGCUCCUCGUCCUCCUAAGCAGCCAAACGUGCAGGACUUCCAGUUCUUCCCUCCACGUCUGUUUGAGCUGCUAGAAAAGGAAAUUCUGUUCUACAGAAAGACUAUAGGCUAUAAGGUCCCACGUAAUCCAGAUAUGCCAAACUCAGCCCAGGUCCAGAAGGAGGAGCAGGCAAAGAUCGACGAGGCAGAGGCACUGACAGAGGAGGAACUGGAGGAGAAGGAGAACCUCUUACAACAGGGAUUCACUAUUUGGAACAAACGUGACUUCAACCAGUUCAUCAAAGCCAAUGAGAAGUGGGGACGAGAUGACAUUGAGAACAUCGCCCGAGAGGUCGAGGGCAAAACUCCAGAGGAAGUCAUGGAAUAUUCUGCUGUGUUCUGGGAGCGCUGCAACGAGCUGCAGGACAUUGAGAAGAUCAUGGCCCAGAUCGAGAGGGGAGAGGCCAGGAUUCAGAGGAGGAUUAGCAUCAAGAAAGCACUGGACUCAAAGAUCGGUCGCUACAAGGCUCCCUUCCACCAGCUCCGUAUCUCCUACGGCACCAACAAAGGCAAGAACUACACAGAGGAGGAAGACCGCUUCCUUAUCUGCAUGCUUCACAAGCUCGGCUUCGACAAAGAGAGCGUGUACGACGAGCUGCGUCAGUGCAUCCGCAACUCGCCCCAGUUCCGCUUCGACUGGUUCCUCAAAUCCAGGACAGCAAUGGAGCUCCAGAGGCGAUGUAACACCCUGAUUACACUGAUCGAAAGGGAGAACAUGGAGCUGGAGGAGAGAGAGAAGGCGGAGAAGAAGAAACGAGGCCCAAAGAGCGGUUCAGCCCAGAAGCGGAAGUCUGAGGGAACUCCAGAUGGUCGUGGACGCAGAAAAAAGCUCAAGUUGUAAAGUGAACUUGAAUCUCCAGUGCAUUUUUGAGCGGCAGCCAGCUCCAGUGUCAUUAGUCCUAGUGCCCGUGUUUGUUUUGCAGGCUGUGAUAACGUACUGUGUAAAACCCUCCAAUGGACUGAUGUGGUUGUAUUAGGUUUUAGAAGUGCCCCUUUACAAACCUUGUUGUCACUUCUAAACACUGCAGCUGUGCUGAUUUAGUUUUGUUUGCUAGUCCUUUUUUUUUUUUUCCAGUACUUAAUUGAAAUAAAUGUAUUUAUGCCUGUUGGUUGUACCACAUUCCAUUGCUUGAAACAUGUACCCUUUUUUAUUUUUAAUAAAACCUGUGUUCUUUUA